AUGGAAUCCCCAUCCCAUACUGGAGAAAAGAGCACUAUUGACUACAACCAAGUUCUUUCGCAGAUCUCGACCAAUCUCACCAAUGCUUUGAAUACAUAUGGACCUUCUUCCAGUCAAUACCAGAUGAUCCGGGAAAUGCUUGAGGAAUACGUGAAGCUCAUCAACAGAAUCAGGGACCAAGGAACUCAAAAUCUGGAUCCUGAUACCCUCAGUUUGGCCAUGAGUUUCCUCGAAAUUGGCAAAUAG